CGGCUGUCAGGACGACAACAGCUUCUCACCAAGUCAUUAUCGCUCACCGUAAGGUUCUUAUCGUAAAGGCUCAUCACUUUAAGUUGGGUGGAAAUUUAUUUCAAGGGCCUACACCAGGGUGUGGGUGACUCAAGCAUGAAGUCCAAAGGAAAGGGGUCAAAGCGGGGCAGACAGUCUUGGGCAGAACAGGACGACCCAGGCUUCACGCUGGAAACAGAGCCAGGUUCCAGCGAGCAGGAGGGUUCAGAGGCGUCCGUGAGGCUCGAUGGAUCGUGGAGAACAUUGAGAGGUGAGGGGCAUGGUGGUACAAGGGUAGGCCAACGUCGUAGACGAAAACACAGCAGUGCUAAGGAACACAACGUCCGCAGACUGGAGAGUAAUGAAAGGGAGAGGCAGAGGAUGCACAAACUUAACAAUGCUUUUCAGGCCCUACGAGAGGCCAUUCCUCAUGUUAAAACAGACAAGAAACUUUCCAAGAUCGAGACUCUUACGUUGGCCAAAAAUUACAUCAAGGCCUUAACCACAAUCGUACUGGGCAUGUCGAAUGCUUGUCUGCCUCAUCCAGAGGGUCAUGUGGAGACGAACGUCUCCCGGCUUCUGCAGUACUAUCAGCAGCAUCUGGAGGAGGAGGGGGAGGAGGAGGGGGAGGAGGGCCUCUCCAGCUACCUGAGCCACAUUCACAGCUUCAGCCAAGGCAGCUAACACACACUGCCACUGAACAGACUCAAAGAUACAGUGCUGAAUGAGAGGACAUUCCAGUUUCAAAACAGAUGGCUAUAAGGAAGUGAAUGCAUGAUGACAAUACCAGCUCUUAAGACAAAACAAAGGGUCAAUUUGUAUAAACCAUUCCUGUAUAACUGGGUUUACAUGCAAAAUCUGGUCCUUAAACGUGCUUUGAUGGAAAAAAACUACUUUUUUAAAUGCAUACAAUCAUGCAUGUCUAUGUCCACAAAUAACGUGGAUGUUAUUUGUCAUCCUCAAAUCAAAAUUCGUAGCCUGUGGAUAUGGGUCUUUUGAAGAGAAUAGAGGGCCCUUUGUAUGGUAACUUCAUUUUGAUAUCCAGAAAUUCUAAAAGGCAAAAUUGUGGAGCAAUUUUUUAUUUAUUGAGAGAGAACAUAAACCAUGCACACUAUGACACUGAGAGGAGUUUACAGCACUCAAAUAACAGCUCCACUGUCUUUACGUUAUUGUAGCUUUUCAUCACUGAACCUAUUUGUCUACAUUUAAUUAUUUAAAACUAUAGUGUCAUUUUCUUUUUACACUGAUAAAACCCUAUAGACAUAAACACAACUGCGUUGGGUUUGGGAAGUCUACACAAGGGGCAAAUUUGUAGAAACAUUAUCAUCUUUUAACAGAUCUGUAUAAUUUUCUCUCUUGCUCUUUUGUGCCUGUAUAUGUUAAAGGGAUAGUUCACCCAAAAAUGAAAAUUCUCUCAUUUAGUCACCCUCAUGCCAUCCCAGAUGUGGAUGAGUUUCUUUCUUCUGCUGAACACAAACAAAGAUUAUUAUGAGAAUAUCUCAGCUCUGUGGGUCCAUACAAUGCAAGUGAAUGGUGACCAGAACUUUGAAGGUCCAAAAAACACAAAGGCAGCAUAAAAGUAAUCAAUAAGACUCCAGUGGUUUAAUAUAUGUCUUUAGAAGUAAUAUGAUAGGUGUGGACAAGAAACAGGUCAAUAUUUAAAUCCUUUUUUAACUAUCAAUCUCCACUUUCACAUUCUUUUGUUUUUGGCAAUUCACAUUAUUUGUGCAUAUCGCCACCUACUGGAAAGGGAGGAGAAUUUGUAGUAAAAAAAGUAUUUAAAUAUUGAUCUGUUUCUCUCCCACACCUAUCAAAUCGCUUCUUAAGAUAUGGAUUUAAAUACUGGAGUCAUAUGGGUUAUUUUAUGCUGCCUUUAUGUGCUUUUUGGACCUUCAAAGUUCUUGCAUUGUAUGGACCUACAGAGCUGAAAUAUUCUUAUAAAAAUCUUUGUGUUUAGUAGAAGAAAGAAAGUCAUACACAUUUGGGAUGGCAUGAGGGUGAGUAAAUGAUGAGAAUUUUAAUUUUUGGGUGAACUAUCCCUUUAAGAAGUUUUUAUUUAUAUGUACAGCAGUAGCCUUAAAUAACACCCUACACAAUUGAUUUUUACAAUGUAGCUUCACAUUAUGACCUUAAAUACCAACAUCCAAUGUUGGAACAUAAAUAAUACAAAUUUAUACAACAACAUUUACAACAUAACUUUGUAGAAAAAAAAAAAAACACUAUUCAUUGCGAUAAAAACAAUUUCGAAAGAUUUAGUAUAAAUCCUGUUACUCUCUGAAAUUUGUGCUGCCUUUUAACAGAAUUACACCAUAUACACUUAUGAGAUAAAUAUCCUGACAUCCUGAGAAAAGAAACACUGUCUUCACCUUGUCAAGUGCAAAACAUUAAAUCUUGCACUUUCUGCUUUUGCCAACAAGAAAUGCAAGGUAUUUCCUAUUUUUACACAGUGUCACUGUGCGAUGUCAGUUUUGAGUAUGGUUUGGAAAUAAUCAACAACCUGGUACAAGCAGAUAAUUAGAGAGUUAUUACAGACAGUUUGUGUCUUGGGCACUCCUUAUUUUAAAAUGUUAAUAGCAUAUAUUAUUUUGGUAACACUUUACAAUAAGGUUCCAUUUGUUAACAUGAUUGUGUUAAUAUCAACAUUUAUUUCUACAUUUUUUUCAAAUAAAAAAUGGUAUAUGGUAACAAAUGCAAUAUGAAAUAACAAAGAACACUUGUGUUUUUUUAUUAAUUAACAAACAAAAUAAAUGCUUUUUAAAAAUAUUGUUAAUUGUUAGUUCAUGAUACCUAAUGCAUUAACUAAUGUUAACAAAUGGGACCAUAUUGUAAUGUGUUACCAUUAUUUUCUUUUACUCUUCAACUGAUGUUUAAUGACAUUGCAGCCAACCUACAAACUCCAGAAAUGUGUUUGUGUAAAGUUGUUUUGUUUGUGAUGUUAAUGACAAAAUGCAAGUACCUUCAGAAGCUUAUACUGUGAAUUGUGCCUUUUUUUGUAUUUAAUGCCCCUGGAUUCCAAUAAAGAAUCAAAAAAGAAAA